AUGAAGUUGUUUUUGAUAGCUUUACUCAUAUUAACAUUGGCAAUGGCUUAUAGCCCAAUUAAUAAAGAAAUCGUAGAGGAAAUAAAGAGGAAGACUGACCUCUGGACUCCUGUAGAACCAGAAGACAAUGUCUUCAGAGAUCGUGAUGAGGAUGAAAUCUCUUCCUUCUUAGGAACUAAGAUUGAAGAUGAAAAGAAAUCAGACUCCUCUGAUAAAGAUAUGGGGAUGAAAGAAGAUGAUGAUUUUAAUGAUCAUCAUGGGUCUCUCCCAACCCAUUUCGAUGCAAGAACAGAGUGGGGAGAUAUCUGACAAUUUCGUAUUAAUGACCAAGGCAAAUGUGGAUCAUGCUGGGCUUUUGGAGCUGUUGAAAUCUUGGAAGAUAGAAUUUGUAUUAAGUCUAAAGGAAACUUCACUAAAAAUCUUUCAGAGCAACAUUUGGUAUCCUGUAUAUGGGGAAAGAAAGGAUGUAUUGGUGGAAAUCCAGUAACGGCUUUUGGAUAUCUCAUGUUCAGAGGAAUUCCCACUGAAGAAUGCAAGCCUUACUACUCUGGAGAAACUAAAGAUCCAGGGAAGUGCUCAAACGACUGCCUAGAUCCUGAUAUGGAUAAUAAGAAAUACAAAUGCAAAUCACCAUGGACUGGCUUUAGGAGCAAGACUAUUAAGAAAGAGAUUAAGAAGAACGGACCUGUGAUGACGGUUAUGCUUGUAUAUGAAGAUUUAAUGAACUAUGGGAAAGGAAUCUAUCAUCAUGUCGCAGGGAGGCCAAUGGGAGGACAUGCAGUAAAAAUAAUCGGAUGGGGAAAGCAAGAUGAUCAUAAAUAUUGGAUCGCCGCGAAUUCAUGGAGCGAGGAGUGGGGAGAAAAUGGGUAUUUCCGUAUCAAAGAAGGAGACUCUUUUGCCGGAAAGGCUGCAUUUGCUUGCAAGCCUUACAAAUACUAAAUAUCAUAUUCUAAUUCAUCGAAUAUGUGCCAAAA